AUGCAAAAAUACACAGAUUUUUGGUUAUAUUUAAAUGUUAAUAACAAUAAUGAUAAUGAUCUUUCCGAACUUGGAAUUGUUAAUGAAUUUAAUAAACACAUGUAUGAAAAAUCACAAGUUUAUUUUAUAUCAAAUCUGGUAAAUUUAAAUAGCGAACUUCAUCAACUUCAAGAAAAUGACAUAAAUAGUUUAUCAGAAAAGAUAAUAAGUUCAAAAAAUGAAGAGCUUUAUUUGAAUUUGCCCAUGCUAAAUUUUCCGUGGUAUAUUAAAAUUAUUUGGAAAAUAAAUGUUAAAGAAAUACAUAAUAAAGAUUGCUUUAUAAAAUUUAUAAUUAAAAGCACUAAUUCUGAACAGUAUAAGGAUUCUGAACUAAAACAUUAUGAACAUGUGUUAAAAUAUGAAGAUGUGUUAAAACUUGAGGGAUUAGGUUGGAUUGAAUAUCAACUUCCAAAAGAUGUAGGUGAACUUUAUGUACAACCUUCAAUUGAAAUAAAUGGUUCUAUCAAUAUGCAAAUAGAUUAUGUUCGACGUAGGAGUAAUGAAGGAGAGAUAACUUGUAUUCCUAACAUAGGUGAUUUAUUACCAAAUUUUCAUAAAAUUUGUCCAAAUGUUCCAGAAAUAUUUAAAUAUAAAUAUUUUUCAAGAAAAGAAAUGGAAAACUUGCUUGAGCUGAAAGAUAUAAUUAAUCACCCAUGA